GCUUCUGGUUGAUGCAGCCAAUAAAGAAAGCAAUCCACACACAAAAAAUCCCCACCGAGACCACUACUGCGUGGACAUCGCCAUUCCUCCAGCAGCGUUGCUGCUCGUCUUUCUCUUUUUCUUUAUCCAUCCACAUCCAGACAUCCAGUGCGCCGACGAACCCACCCAUCAGCGAUGCUUUCCUUCCUCUCGUCUCUAUCCGUGCUCCAGCCACACACCACCCAUGCGCCCUUCUUGCUUCAGUGACGGCGCCUCGUUCCCCUCUCCCUUUCCUCCUCCACAACUAACCAAGCACCGCCCUCUCCUUGACCAUGGCGCACGGAUCUCCCUAACCAAGCCCUUGAUCCUCCCUUCCCACCCGUGACGAUCUGAUUUCCCAGGCCGUCUCGUCCGCGACCGACAGUUCACGUUCGUCGGCCGGUUGCAGCGCGGCUCCUGUUGGCCGAGCCUGCGCGCGCGGGCUCGCUGGGCCUAUGGCUGAGGCGCGGCAGUGGUGGCUUGCUCACCGUCGAGCUCGGCGACUACUUGAUGGGGCCGCGUGGAUCUGCCCCGGGGCUCCGGGCUCCGGAUCUGCGUGGUCAUGUCCAGCUCACCCUCCGACGACGCCUUACUGCGGCGCUUCAGGCCCAGAUCUCGCCGGUUGGCGCGUGGAUAUGCGUGCGCUCGGCUUGAGGUAGCACAAGGAUGAUGGGGCGGCUUGGAUGGUGGCCUGUGCAGUGUGCAGCUGCCCUAACGCAGGCGUCCCACGACGACGGCGCAGGGGGGUGCAGCAUCUGGUCCAGCAUGGCACGGAAGCCCGCGGCGACGAUCUCAUGGCUCUUAGCGACGCCAAGCCACGCCUGGCACUCUGCCAUCAUCUGGACGCACUCUGCCAUCAUCCUCAAGCUCCAGCACAAGCCCCGCCUUCCGGCGCCGCGCUGCAGCCCGCGUUCCUCUGCUCCGACCGCACACCUCGCGCCGCAGCCCGAGUUCCUCUUCUCCGACCGCACCCGACGCCCGCGUCGGCGACCCCUUCGGCCCUCGCCACGCCGGCGACCACCAAGAACCCCGCCACCUCCUCGCAUCCGCUUGCUGCUCGUCGCCAGGAGCGCCGCCACCCUCCUAGGAGCCCCGUCGCCGUUCCCCUGGGGCCCUUGCUCGGUUACUUGGCUUCGAGGAGCCCCGUCGUCGUUCCCCUAGGACCCUCGCUCGAUUACUUGGCUUCUGCAGCGUGGACUCCGGCGCCAAGCGGCGGUGAGUGGCCGGCGGUGGAGUCUGGGAAUGGAUAAGAGGCCUUAUAAAAUAAGGAAUAUGAGGACUGUGGGCUGAAUUUCAACUACGGCAGGGGCUAUUUUGCAAAUACGAAAUGUUUUCUCAGGAACACACUUUAUAUAGGAGUGCGGGUUGAAUUCGAAUAAACUGAGGGACUUUUAUGCAAAAUAGCGCGCGACGACGUACGACAGGAACCCAAUUCUAUUUAUUAUUAUUAUUAUUAUUAUUA